CCUCUUCAAAACAGUACCACUAUUUUGCAGCAAUAGAAGCUCAUUCAGGACUUUGUGGCUGACUCAAAACUGCAGACCUCUGCUGAUUUAAAAGAAAGGAAGAGAAGGGUAAUUUCUGAAGUGAAGUUAAAAUCAACCACAAUAAUUAUACUUCAGAAACAAGUGUCAUUCCUUGCAGAAAAGAUGAAGUUAAUCUUUGUGGGCAUAAUUUGUCUCUGCUUGUUGGUGAACGCACAAACAGAUGCCAGACCGAUUGAGGAUGAGGAAGACCCCUACAGACAACCUGCAAGUAUGCCCUACUGGCCUUUCACGAGUAAUGAUUUUUGGGCAUAUGUGGAGUACUUCCGCACCCUGGGAGCAUACCACAGAAUCAAUGAGAUGGCCAGGACCUUCUUUGCUCAUCACCCUCUUGGAAAUACUCUUGGAUAUGAUGUCCCAGAUCACGAGUACUAGCUCACUUGGCAAUCCUGUUUUAUCAUCACCAACAAACACAUCACAAUUACUUGCUUAACUACUGUGUUGUUCCACAGCUUUUAUGUCAAAUAUGUAAUUUCUCUUCCUGUUAUUUCUAAUGGUAACAAU